AUGGCUUCUUCUUCUCAUAACAAGUCGUCUCAGCACCCAUUAUCACCGGUCCCUUUGAUGGUAACAAACUCUUUUGAUGAAGAGGCAAUCAUGCCCAAAAAUCCAUCGGGUGACAGUCGUCUAAGAAUAUCUCGCCUCCAGCGGUCCCUAUCUGUUUCAUCCGCCGCAAGGCCUUCAGGACGUCCAGGACCAAAUGACCUGAACCAUAGCCCGGUGUUUCCUCACUCGCUAGACGUAAUACGGAAUAAUCCAGAUCCAGCACUACCGUUGGUUCAUCAUGCCUCGCACCGGCCUUCGCAGUCGAUUGAUGGCGAUGCUUCGAUCGCAUCUACUGCGGCCACAGUGGUCCGCUCCAGGGAUUACUCGGAGUAUUCGGAUCCCACUGUCAAACUAGCUUAUGACGAUGUAUCGCUGUCAGAAGCACUCGCACCAAAUCCUCGCGAUGAAGCUGAUUUCGAUGUUGACGAAAAUCGGUUCGCCUUCUCGCCAGGACAGCUGAACAAAAUGCUGGAUCCCAAGUCCCUCGCAGCUUUCUAUGUCCUCGGUGGCUUGCGAGGGUUGGAGAAAGGCCUCCGAACGGACCUACGGGCCGGUCUAUCCGUCGAUGAGAGUCGACUGGAAGGUUUUGUCGAUUUUCAGCAGCUGACGUCACCCCUUAACGACAAGCAACCCUAUAUCGCUAAACCGCAACUGGAAGCCAAUCCGGCUCCGGCAGUAACUUUAGCAACCAACGGCCCUUCACAAUUCGAGGACCGCAUCCGGGUUUACGCCACGAACAGGCUACCGGCUCGAAAGUCAACUGGGUUCUUCAAGCUGUUCUGGGUCGCUUAUAACGAUAAGAUCAUCAUAUUGUUGACCGUUGCCGCUAUUGUUUCAUUGUCUCUGGGGAUAUAUGAAACGGUGGAGGGCGGUACAGGCGUGGAGUGGGUGGAGGGGGUGGCUAUCUGCGUGGCGAUUCUGAUCGUCACCGUGGUCACCGCUGCUAAUGACUGGCAAAAGGAAAAACAAUUUGCCAAACUCAACAAGCGAAACAAUGACCGCGAGGUCAAAGCUAUCCGCUCAGGCAAGUCAACAUUGAUAUCUGUUUACGAUAUUAUGGUGGGCGACGUGCUCCACCUAGAGCCUGGUGACUCUAUUCCCGCUGAUGGGAUCUUGAUCUCGGGACAUGGUGUGAAAUGCGACGAGUCAUCAGUUACUGGCGAGUCAGACCACAUGAAGAAGACGAAUGGCUAUGAAGUUUGGCAGCAGAUUAUUGAAGGCCGCGCAAACAAAAAUCUUGACCCGUUUAUGGUCUCCGGCAGCAAGGUUCUCGAAAGCGUGGGCACCUAUCUGGUGACCAGUGUUGGACGGUUUUCCACAUACGGUCGGAUCAUGCUGUCGCUGCAGACUUCCAACGAUCCUACACCACUCCAGGUAAAACUGGGUCGUCUUGCAAAUUGGAUCGGGUAUUUGGGAUCAGCUGCAGCCAUCAUUCUCUUCCUCGUCCUGUUAUUCCAAUUCGUUGCCGAUCUCCCAAAUCAUCCUGAUCAGAGCCCUACUGUCAAGGGCCAGCACUUCGUGGAUAUUCUAAUUGUGGCUGUGACUGUUAUUGUUGUCGCCGUCCCAGAGGGUCUUCCGCUCGCAGUCACACUUGCUCUGGCCUUUGCUACGACUCGUAUGGUCAAGGAGAAUAACCUGGUUCGCGUUCUACGGGCCUGCGAGACAAUGGGAAAUGCCACGGUAAUAUGCUCUGAUAAGACAGGAACCUUAACACAAAACAAAAUGACAGUCGUCGCCGGCACCUGGGGCUCAAAUCAAAGCUUCAGUCGGCCAUCCGAGGGUGAAAUUGGACCUAGCUCGAUGAAUAUCUCAGAGGUUUUCCAGCAAAUGUCGGCUCCGGUGCGGAACCUUAUUAUUCAGAGUGUUGCCUUGAACUCUACCGCUUUUGAGGAAGGGAUAAAUAGCCAAAAAGAGUUCAUUGGGAGCAAGACUGAAGUCGCACUGCUUCAAUUAGCCCAUGAUUAUUUGGGCAUGGAUCUCACCCUAGAGCGGGGAUCCGCCGAGAUCGUCCAGCUUAUUCCAUUCGACUCGAUGCGGAAAUGCAUGGGUCUCGUUUAUCGCCAUUCUAGUAUAGGUUAUCGGCUUCUUGUUAAGGGUGCUCCCGAGCUGAUGGUCCGUGCGUGUUCUGCGAAGAUUGCAGAUAUAGCUACUUCUGAGGAGAGACUCCACGCGGAGACGCUGUCAGAGGACGACAGACGUAAAAUUAUUGAGACCAUUGAUCAAUAUGCCAGGGCGUCUCUUCGAACGAUUGGAAUGGUGUACAAGGACUAUUUAACCUGGCCUCCGACAGAGGCUAGGAAGCUGGAAGAUGAUCCGUGUUCAGCUGAUUUUGACGAUGUCUUCCGAGACAUGACCUGGGUCGGGGUCGUGGGCAUUCAGGAUCCCCUUCGGCCUGAGGUUCCACCGGCGAUUCGGAAAUGUUAUUCCGCAGGAGUCCAAGUUAAGAUGGUGACUGGGGACAAUAUUGCAACUGCUACCGCGAUUGCGUCGUCUUGUGGUAUCAAGACUAAAAAUGGGUUAGUCAUGGAAGGCCACGAUUUCCGACAGUUGUCAGAUGAGGAAUUGGACCGGGUGAUUCCCCGCUUGCAGGUUCUGGCACGGUCUUCGCCAGAAGACAAGCGUAUCUUGGUAGAGCGGCUUAAAAUUCUUGGCGAAACAGUUGCUGUGACGGGUGACGGCACAAAUGACGGGCCUGCUUUGCGAACCGCGGACGUUGGAUUUUCUAUGGGUAUUGCCGGCACUGAGGUAGCCAAAGAAGCUAGCUCGAUUAUCCUCCUAGAUGAUAACUUUCGAUCCAUCGUUACGGCGAUCGCCUGGGGACGGACGGUAAACGACGCAGUUGCUAAGUUCCUUCAGUUCCAAAUCACGGUCAACAUCACGGCCGUCAUUCUGACCUUUGUGUCAUCCAUCUAUAGCGAUUCGAACAACCCCGUGCUGAAUGCUGUGCAGCUGCUCUGGGUGAAUCUCAUAAUGGAUACUUUUGCUGCACUGGCCCUAGCCACGGAUGGCCCGACGGCUGAAAUUCUGGAUCGAAAACCCGUGCCCAAGAGUGCCCCACUCUUCACUAUGAAUAUGUGGAAGAUGAUCCUCGGACAAACAGUCUACAAACUCGCUGUGAUCUUCAUGUUGUACUUCGCCGGAGACCAACUUUUGAAGCCACAGCUUGACAGCAACGACCCAGAUCUUCGAUCUAAACAGCUUUCCACGGUUGUCUUCAAUACAUUCGUAUGGAUGCAGGUUUUCAACGAAUUCAACUGCCGCCGCCUCGACAACAAGUUCAAUGUCUUCCAGGGCAUGUUUCGGAACUACUGGUUUUUGGGUAUCAACGCCGUCAUUGUCGGCGGACAAAUAAUGAUAAUAUACAUUGGCGGCCAAGCAUUUCGCGUGACUCGUCUCAGUGGCAUUUUAUGGGCUGUUUGUCUCAUCUGUGCCGUGGGGUGUAUGCCGUGGGCCAUGAUCCUGCGCAUGAUUCCUGACCACCAUUUUGCUUUCGUUUUCAAUGCCGUCGUCCGCAGUCUAUCGGUCAUCUUACGGCCGUUUGUCAAGGGCCUCCAGGCCUUUGGUAGAGGCAUCAAGGCUUGCUUCCGACCUGUGACCCGGUUUAUCCUCCGGGUUUUCUCUUGGCGAGUCUCAAAACACAAUGGAGAUUUUCCUGUUCGGGAGUCAACGAAUUCUCAGACCAAAGACAAGGAAUGGCCCGUUUCGAUGCAUCAGAGACAAAAGGAUACUCCUGAACGUCUUCAGGAGCCACCGCAAACCUCGGUCCUCCAAUCAUGA